CGUCACCCUUAUUUGGAUCACGUGACUGUAAUUUCCGGUUUGUGCUACUUGGAAGCGGUGCUUCGAAACUAGCGACAGGGACAAGGUGUUUUCGUCCCUGAAUUUCUCCGAUUGUGCUGCUAUUUCACACCACAAGCAUGGGGAAAGACAACGAGGGGGAGGAGAAGAAAUACGGUGAUCCGGCAAAGUUUGAUCCUGAGUUCAAAGGUCCCAUUGAAAACAGGAGCUGUACAGAUAUCAUCUGCUGUCUCCUGUUUAUUAUUUUCAUUGCUGGAUUCCUGGCCGUUGGCAUUCUAGCGUGGGUCCAUGGAGAUCCCAAGCUAUUGCUGUACCCUACCGACUCCCAGGGAAACCUCUGUGGCAAUGGGAACUAUGCGAGCAAGCCAAACCUGCACUUCUUCAACCUGCUGGACUGUGCAGGGUUUGCCAGUGUCCUGGAUGGUUGCCCCACACCACAGGUCUGUGUGGCGACUUGUCCCACUGAAUACUGGGCAUACGCCAUAGAGACAGCCAAGAUGGGGCUGGGACAGGAGCCUGACUGGUCCAAAUUUAUCUGCGUAGAAGGCGUGAAUGUUGGCAGCGGGGCCGGGUUGACUGCUGCCCAAAUCGAACAAUAUGUGAAGGACCAGAAGUGUGCAGCUUACACUGUGCCAAGCAAGGCCUAUGGAGGACGUUGCAUCCCCUCCCUGGUUGAGACCAUUGCGACGACAGUGCUGACCACCAGCGCUGACGACAUCCCACUGGUGGACAGUGCUGGGAACAACGUCACCAACAGUAAAAUCUCGGCUGGAACAGCGGCCUUGGCUUUGAUCCUCAGUGCACAGGAAGUUGUCCAGGAGAUAUUCACAGACAUGGUGUCCUCUUGGUAUCUCAUCCUUGGUGGGCUGGGUGCUGCAAUGGUUGUCUCCUUCAUCUACAUUGUCAUCAUGCGCUGGAUUGCUGGAGUCAUGGUGUGGUUCACCAUCUUCGCUGUGAUUGUCCUGAACAUCUUUGGUAUCUACUACUGCUACACCCAGUAUGUGGCCCUGGAGAAUGUGUCAGGAGCAGAUUCAUCCAUCUACGAUGUCGGCUUCACAACCAACCUCAGCACCUACACAAAACUACAGGACACAUGGCUGGGCAUUGGCAUCGCCCUGUCAGUCAUCCUGCUCAUCAUCCUGCUCAUCCUCAUCUUCCUCAGGAACCGCAUCCGCAUCGCCAUCGCCCUCAUCAAGGAGUCCAGCAGGGCUGUUUCCAACAUCAUGUCGACCCUGUUCUUCCCCCUCAUCCCCUGGAUCCUGCAGCUCAUCCUGUUUGCCUACUGGGGAGCUGUGGCUCUCUUCCUGGCAUCUUCAGGCCAGGCCCAGUAUGAGGUACAGGACUACAACACUACCAACACCUCUACUGCCAGCAACAUGACUGGACAGUCCUGCACUCCGACUACAUUUGACACAAAUGCUGUGUCGGACAGUGUCCAGUGUGCUUUUGUGAAGUAUGGGGCCACCAGCCUGUACUACCAGAACUUGUUCUACCUGCAGAUCUUUAACCUGUUUGGGCUGUUCUGGGUUAUGAACUUCAUCGUGGCACUGGGACAGUGCACUCUGGCGGGAGCCUUUGCCUCCUACUACUGGGCCUUCACCAAACCCAAGGACAUCCCCACCUUCCCUCUCACUGCCUCCUUCGGACGCUCCCUCAGGUACCAUCUGGGUUCCCUGGCGUUCGGCUCCUUCAUCAUUGCUGUGGUGCAGAUCAUCCGUGUGAUGCUGGAGUACAUCGAUCACAAGCUCAAGGACAGCGAGAACAGGGCAGCCAAGUUCCUCCUCAAGUGUCUGAAGUGCUGUUUCUGGUGCCUGGAAAAACUGCUGAAGUUCCUGAACAAGAAUGCCUACAUCAUGAUUGCGAUCUAUGGCAAGAACUUCUGUGUGUCUGCUAAGAAAGCCUUCUUCCUCAUCAUGAGGAACAUCCUGAGGGUGGCUGCUGUUACCAGUGUCACAGUUUUCCUAAUGUUCCUCGGCAAGCUGGUGGUCACUGGGAUUAUUGGUACAUUGUCGUUCUACUUCUUCACUGGAAAGAUCGUCUUCGCAGCUGAAUAUGUGCCCAACCUCAAGUACUACAUGGUCCCCAUCAUCGUUGUGGUGAUCGGUGCCUACAUGGUGGCUGCCUGUUUCUUCAGUGUGUACAACAUGGCAGUGGACACGCUCUUCCUCUGCUUCUUGGAAGACCUGGAACGUAACGACGGCUCGCCGGAGAAGCCGUACUACAUGUCCAAGGAACUGAUGAGCAUCCUGGGUAAGAAGAACAGGAAGGAGGGAGAGAAAGAGAAGAAGGGAUGCUGCGGGUGCUGCUAGGUACCAUGGAGGAGACGCGGUUGGGUGGUACCCAAGUAGUACUGCAGACACUCAUCAACACAACUCUUAAAGAUUCAUUAAAAAAAACUAAAAAAUCAUGUUAUUAUAAGCUUUUUCUAUAGGAAUCAAAAUAAUCUGGAGUUCAAUCUGCUAUGAACAGGGUAGAUUACAAAGAUUGGGACAUUGAGCUUUUUCUAUGGGAACAAAUCUCAAACAUUUAGAACUUGAAUUUUCCGUGUAAAUCUUGUGGGCAGAAAAGAUGGAAAGAUUUCUGUGAUGCAAUGUUGGAAACUUAACAUUCUGUGAUAAGUCAAGAAAAGAGGAAAAGAAAGUGUAAAAUGGAAAAAUAUGUUUUGUACAAGAAAGUAUUACUGUCACAUAACUGGUUUUAUAAUGUAGAGAAAGAAAGGACUGGGCGUCAAAGUGUUUGCCACAUUUGCUGGCAGGUAUUUUUGUUGAGAAGUUUGAUACAGAACUUUGCUUCUACAUUAUUAGAAAGAGAUGUAGCCAAGUGAGGAACUUUGUAGGAAGUCACCACACAUUAUUAGGAAAUGGUAGAAACACUGGUAGGUUUUGGAGUUUGUUUAGCUUUAAUGCUAGAAUGAUUUUAAAGAUAUUCUCUCCUUAUACAAGGUACACAAAGUGGUUUUAUUGUACAUACUUCAUGAUUGUACCAAGUCCUCUAUGUGGCUUGUGAAAUGCCUUACAAGAACCGUCCUAGCUGCUUGUUUGCAAUUAUUGCUUAUAAAUGCUUCUGCCUAGCAUUACUUAGUUUGUAAAAUUAGGAAAGUUUUUGAUGAAUGUUCUGCUUUUUCUGAAAUGCUAAAAUGAUGUGUAAGAGAUUUGAGUUUGAUGAGACUGGCCCCUCAGCUGAUUACCUAACCUCCCCUAUUUGACAAUGGUUGCAUCCGGAUCACUAUUGACAACGGAGUGUUCCAAAUGAAGGGUAGGGGUGGCAUUUGAUGAUUCAGCAAAUGACAGGGACUGAAACAUUGUAUGGAUAGGCCAAGUAGAAAAAUUGAAUAGAUUUUCAUGUUGCAAUGUACAUGUAAUUUAGAGUUGUUGAAACCAAAUCACACACCAAAACUAACAGCAAAACAUUCCUAAUCAUUUUAGGGGAAAACUCCACCUUAAUGUUGCCUAAACAAAUAAAC